AUGCGCACAAUUGGCCACAUUGGGGCCAUGGCACUGCACUGCCAUCGCAUAAUCUUUAAGAGCCUCAAUGAUAUGCACAAAAAUGCCCAAAGAGUGCAGGUAAAAGAUCCCGCUAAGGUCCACGGUCUGAUGCAGCGUGGCGGCGCCAAUGGGGAUAUGCUUCUUACGCAGGGUAAGGAGAAGUGA